AUGGAUGAUGGCAACGAGGUCAUCGCAAAAAUCCCGUGUCCCAAUGCCGGCCCACCAUCAAUAACCACGGCUUCAGAAGUUGCCACUCUGAAGUUUCUGCGGUCAAGGACGUCUAUUCCGGUCCCAGAAAUUAUCGCCUGGAGCUCUGACCCUGCUAAUUCGGUUGGUGCCGAAUUCAUUAUCAUGGAAAGGACCAGGGGUGUUGCCUUGUCAGAGACAUGGGAGGCAAUGGACACCUUGGAGCGCUACAAAAUUAUCGAUCAGGUUGUACAAGUCGAGCAGGAGCUUGCCAAUAUCUCAUUUCCAGCAUACGGAAGUCUUUUUCCCCGUGACUCGUUGCCUGCAACAUGUCGACGGUAUCCACUUCCUCCAGAGCUUGACCCUGAAGAGCUAUUUUGCAUUGGACCGUCUUGUAAUCGAACAUGGUGGCACGGCAAUCCCGCUGACCAAUCUCAAUCAGUCUCAAAAGAUAUAGGCCCUUGGACGCACUUUCCAGAAUAUGCGUCGUCGAUUGUCCAGCGCGAGCUUGCUCUUAUUGCAAGUUCGGAGACCGAGGUGCAACUUCAACUACAUCAUUUCGACGAAUCACAGUCGGUCGAUGAAUAUCGAAGCCUUCUGGAAAAAAUGAACAUGGUACUACCGAUCUUGUCUCAAGACCCACGCGUGACAAGUGCUUCAGACCCUGUUCUAUGGCACACAGACUUACAUCUGGGGAACAUUUUUGUCUCUCCUCAUGAGCCCAGUGUCAUUGAAGGGAUUAUCGAUUGGCAAUCGUCUCAGAUCUGUCCUUUUCUCAGGCCACCGAAGGACUACACUUUCGGUCCCGUCGUACCCGGCUUACCGGAUGGCUUCGACGACCUUAGUCCCGAGCAAAAGGAACAGGCUAUCAACAACAAGAAGUUGGCUUCGUCGUCGAAAUACUACGAGAUGUCCAGCCUUGCACAUAACCGGCGUGUCUACAAUGCUAUGAAACUCGACUCCAGGUUAUGGCAGCCCUUCACCUACUGCCAGCUAUUCUCCCAUGGUAGUCUGGUGCCCCUGCGCCAUUGUUUGAUCCGUUUAUCCCAGGACUGGUCCUUACUGGAGCUCCCAGGCAGCUGCCCCUUCCAGAUAUCAGAAACUAAACGUCGAAGGCACGAUGAACAGAAAUUGCAAUAUGAGGAUAGGCUCUAUCUGUGUGACCUCGUGAAGAACCAGCUUCUCACCGGUGAUGCCGGCUGGGUUCCGCAUGACCGCUGGGAAGCGACAGCAAAGGCAAACAGGGAGCUGUACGAUUUGUAUAUUGAAACAAUGAGCGAAGAGGUCAUGCCUGAGGCAGCUGCGAAGAACUGGCCUUUUCCACCACCGGAAUCCCCCACCUGUUAG